UCUUCUUCUACCUACGCCUGAGCUGUGCUUGUGUACGAUGUGUACGGAGGAACGAGGUUUCGAAGAAAGUUUCAGUUGCCGUGGAACUGUGACACGAUCAUCCGCGAAGCGAAACACCGGUUAUAUUUUACCGACAUUUCAGCAACAAAGCCGUAAUUCCAAAGAAAUUACAAUUUGUCUAUUCUUCAUAUUAUUUAUUCCUUUCUUUUAAAAUCUACGAUUUGAUAAUGGUGAAAAUUAAAGUUAGACUCGAAAUGGGGAGCGGAUUAUUUUGAAAUAAUAGAGAUUUUUCUAAAUAGAAUAUAUAAGAAAAAAUUGAAAAACAAGAAUUCUGAAAGAUGAAAAGUGACGAGCUCGCGUUCGGAUCUAUUUUUAUACUCCUUCUUCUUUGUUGUGGAACCGUUGGAGGCGAAGAUCGUGGAAGGAUUCGUCGGGAAACGGACGGAUCCGUUUACUGCGACUUCGACGAAACGCGAAACAAUCAUACCGCGUCGGAUUUGUUGCAGUGUAUCGAUGAAUUGGCGAUCCUCGAUCUCGAUCGAGAAAGCACGAGUGCGGCGAAUGAAGAGGGUCAACGGAAUGGAUCCACUGGCAGACGAAUCUCUUUCAUCGACGUUUUCUCGAAUAUUUUCAAUUACAUGCCUGUCACGUCGCAUCAUCAAGGCGGCUCUCUUCCGGCUCACUCGACUUCCGGCUAUCAGCAAUCGAAUUAUCCGAGCGGAACGACCGCUCUUUCCGCGGGAUUUCAACUGAAUUUCCUCGUCGAAGCUCUGUCCACGAUAUCCCGCCACGACGAUUACAAGUGCGUGGCCAGGAUACUGUGCGAGAUGGCGAGCGGCAAGCUUCCUGGACGAUCGUUAGGCAAACGGGGAUCCGGCUUGCUCGAGUUCCUCGGCCGAACCGUCUUCACCGAUUGGCUGGCGAAAAUCGACGUCGGUGGCACGUCUCCGUUGUUGAUCUUCGGAAGAGCCAUGAUCCUUGGAUACAGCAAUCGAGGAAGUUCCGAACCGUGCUAUCAAGCGUUCCCAAAGUGUCCGAGGGAUAUGAACGGGUUGGUUCACUACUUGAAUAAUUACAACGGGGGAUUCUUCAGGCUCUUCAAUAGGAUUCGGGGUGGAAAAUAUAGAGAGUCGAGUGGGAUCGUCGGUCAGAGAGUCGAGGAUUACUCGAAGAUGGACGUGAAGGGGAGAAUAGUUGGAGGAAACUCGAGGAAGUACAUUCCCAUACAAAGUGCGUCAGAACCCGUAAUCCGGAAUACGGUUCAGUUGCCGGCUAUGAGUUACCAGGAAUACUUGAAAAAGAAGGGAAUUCCGGGAUACGAUAAUAUGAGUAGCGAAGUGAUAUUUCCGAACGAGAGGGAUCCGUCGCCGAGCGUGGAGGAGCCGUCGAACAGCGUGGAGAACGACGGGGCGAAAUCUGAAUGGAAGGUUUGGAGGAAAGAUAAGAUCGCAUUCUUCCCCGAGGGAAAUCGCGACAGAGGAUUAUCCCAGUUCCGAUUCCCCUCCGAUUUUCCACUCGCAUCGUCGUAACUCCGCUUAUUAAACGUACAAACCGUUCAAGCCCGACCAAUAAAUACCUCGUUAAACGUAAUUCGAGUAAAAUAUUAUCUUCGUGAAAAUUCGAAACGUCGAGAUAUUGAAACCCUUGGACCGUUCCUCAAACGAUAAUUGUCAAACGAUCCAACAUCGAAUUUCAAUUUGCCAGCGGACGAAGAAGGAACGUCGCGCGAAUUCGUUGUGGGAUUAUCUUCGCAUCCGAGGAAUCUCUCUCUCUCUCUUCUGCACGCGAAGACAUCUUGGUGGUACAGGUUUCCGACCAACGUCGUUUAUUUCGUCACCGAAUGCCCCCAUCGGUAUAUUUUCUAUCCACCUGUACGGGAGUUGGUCAUAACAGGAAGUCGUGAGUCGAACGGUGAACGCCGAUGUUUACUGGCGCGGACCGCCAUUUGUGGAAACAGCAUGGGGCGCCGUUAGGCCAACUUGUCCAAUGAAUCUGCGCACCGCUUGUACGAGCCGCUUUAUGUCUCAGUUACGCGCCUCGAUAAAUUGUAUUUUAUCUCGUCUCGAUUUCCUGCUUCCCGCCGCUCCAACGUACUCGCGUAUUACACAUACGCCGUGAGACUCUUUUCCACGGGGAAUGGAAAAUUGGACGUGGUGUCAAGUGUACCGUGAAUGUAUAAUAGCAAACGUGGACACGAAGG